UAGCUCGGCCGGAGGUUCGUCCUCGUCUCCGUCUUCGUCUUCUUCCUCCCCCGAUUCUGCUUUGAUCGUUAAUGUACAGAGAGCAAGAGAUCUCAGCAGCUCUCUUCCAUGGCGCAGAUUCCUAAUCUGGACAAUGCUCCAAUCAACCUCACGUCUCUCAGGGAGCAGUCGCAGAAGGAGCUCCUCAGCAUCCUCAAAAACAUUCGAGGGAAGAAAUGUAUGGUUGUCGACCAAAAGCUCAGUGGUUCAUUAUCGCUCAUCAUCCAAACCUCGCUUCUCAAGGAACACAUGGUGGAGUUACGGCAUCUUUCUGCGGAGCCAAUCGAAACUGAUAGCACCAAAGUGGUCUAUCUUGUUCGAUCUCAGCUUAGUCUUAUGAAGUUCAUAUGCUCACAUAUCCAUAAUGACAUCUCCAAAGGGUUGCAAAGAGAGUAUUAUGUAUAUUUUGUUCCUCGCCGUUCAGUGGCUUGUGAGAAGAUUUUUGAGGAGGAAAAGGUUCACCAGUUGAUGACUAUUGGGGAGUACUCACUGUACAUGAUUCCACUGGAUGAGGAUGUCAUAUCAUUUGAACUAGAUCUUGCCUACAAAGAGUGCCAAGUUGAUGGUGAUACAAGCUCGCUCUGGUAUAUUGCAAAGGCCAUUCACAAGCUUGAGUUUUCUUUUGGAUUGAUUCCAAAUGUGAGAGCCAAAGGAAAAGCAUCUGUACGCGUGGCCGAUAUUCUCAAUAGGAUGCAGGCAGAAGAGCCAGUCAAUUCAUCUGAUAUUGUUGUGCCAGAGAUAAAUACACUUAUCAUUCUCGAUAGAGAGGUGGACAUGGUCACUCCUAUGUGUUCUCAGUUAACAUAUGAAGGGCUUCUGGACGAGUUUUUACGUGUCAACCAUGGUUCCAUGGAGCUUGAUGCAUCUAUCAUGGGUGUUCAGCAAGAGGGGAAGAAAAUGAGAGUUCCACUGAAUUCUAGUGACAAACUUUUUAAGGAGAUACGAGACCUCAAUUUUGAAGUUGUUGUCCAGGUUUUACGUCAAAAGGCAACAUCCAUGAAGCAAGACUACACCGAGAUGACUACAACUACUCAGUCAGUUUCUGAAUUGAAAGACUUUGUGAAGAAGCUCAACUCACUACCAGAAAUGACUAGACACAUAAAUCUUGCUCAACAUCUGUCAACAUUUACUUCGAAGCCUUCAUUUCUUGGACGCUUAGACAUGGAACACACUAUUGUAGAGGCUCAGAGUUAUGAUAUAUGUUUUGAGUAUAUUGAAGAGAUGAUUCAUAAGCAAGAACCUCUUGUCAACAUCCUGAGACUUCUUAUAUUAUUUUCCGUCACAAACUCAGGGUUGCCAAAGAAGCAUUUUGAUUAUUUGAGGAGGGAGUUGCUCCAUAGCUACGGAUUUGAACACAUGGCUACACUGAACAAUUUGGAGAAAGCCGGACUGUUUAAAAGACAGGAGACAAAAGGCAACUGGUUGACAAUAAAACGUGCCCUGCAGCUUGUUGUUGAGGACACUGAUACUGCCAACCCUAAUGAUAUCGCAUACGUCUUUUCUGGAUAUGCCCCUCUCAGUAUUCGGCUUGUUCAGAGUGCUAUUCGAUCUGGAUGGCGUCCCAUUGAAGAAAUUCUGAAGCUGCUGCCUGGACCUCAUUCGGAAUCGAAGAGAAGUGGAUUUGCUACCAGUCCGUCAUAUGACUCGCUCAAUGGUGCUCCAGCAGACAAAUUAUCUGACGGAAGGCGCUCCUUAGUACUCGUCGUUUUCAUUGGAGGGGUGACUUUUGCCGAGAUCUCUGCUCUCCGGUUUCUCAGUGCUCAGGAAGGAAUGGCAUACGAUUUGAUUGUUGCAACGACAAAGAUUGUCAGUGGACAUACAUUGACGGAGACAUUCGUGGAGAACAUGGGCUGAUUGUUGUAAGUUGUGCCACAUGCUCGGGAAAUCUGUCUUCUGAGAAUCUCCCCAUCCCCUGCUAUGAUCACCAACGUUUUCCGUUUGAAAGUCUUUUGUACCUCGAGGCACGCUGUUUAUUUCUUGAGAUCUUGUAAUUCGCUUCUCCAUCGUGUAAUUCCCACCCUUUUGAUCAUGUGAGGAAAUGGAUGAUUAACUUGAUCUUGAUGGAAUGAUUUUCGGAGGAUUUAAUGUAAGAUUGUAUGCGUAAAUAUCUCAUUAACAUUAACCUGCGAA